AAGAGUUUGUGCAUGUGCAUGGCUCUGAGCAAGAGAAAAGCGGUGAGUCUAGUAGCGAAGAUGUCAGCCGCUCUUGCUGGAUUUGCAGAAGUUCGGAUCACCUGAUUCGUACCUGCCUAGAAUUCAAACAAAUGAAUGUUGCUGAACGGCUAAGGGCAGUCAGGAGGAAGCAAAUUUGUGAAGUCUGCUUGACUAAACAUGGAAAUAGACGAUGUUUUUCGAUGAGCCAAUGUAUGGUACAUAGGUGUAAUGGAAAUCACCAUUCACUCUUGCAUCGAGUGGAAGAGACAGUCCAGCUGCAAAAGGCCAAAUCAGAUUAUUCGGUUAUAUUUAGAACGAUACCCGUCACACUCUACGUUGGCAAGCGACAAUUCGACACAAUUGCAUUCUUGGAUGAAGGGUCUUCUGCUACACUAGUGGACGAGACGGUAGCCGCUCGGCUGAAAGCCGAAGGAACUCCUGAGCCACUGAUUGUUACAUGGACAGGUAACAUCAGUCGCUUUGAGAGCGGAUCUCGGGGUGUAGAGAUGAUGAUUUCGGCGAAGGGAUCUAAGGAAAGGUUUUCGCUAUCCAACACACGAACGGUGUCAGAGUUGCAGCUGCCCGAACAGAAUGUUCGGUACACGGAUGUAGUGAAGCGGUAUACGCAUCUUACUGGGGUACCGGUAAAGGACCAUUCGCCCGGGUUGCCAACCAUCCUCGUCGGUUUAGAUAAUCUACACUUGUUUGCGCCGCUGGAAUCACGGGUGGGCAGAUCAAAUGAACCGAUCGCUGUGCGUUCAAAGUUGGGCUGGACAAUAUACGGUUACGGAGAAAAAAGGUCGGGUGUGCAGACUCGCCUCAACCUUAACUCUGUUAAGCUAGUCGGACAGACCGAGUCCCAGUACAUGACGCUAAGAAAGCCUAAUUCGUCAAACCGUCAAGCAUGGGUACACACCAACACCGGAAAGAACAAACAAACGACAGCGAAGCAGACCAUUAUGGAGGUAGGAGAUAGUAACCCUGAGCCGGAAGUGGCCUUCGGUCAGAGUUACGGGCCGGGGAAUGUUCGGGCAACACUGCCCGGAUGCGGAUACGCCGCAACCAACGUUUGGCCGAUUAGGCAUGCUGAUAAACGUCAGUUAAUAACUGACAGAUAUGGAAGCGAGUGAAAAGGACAUAACAGCUACAGCAUAAAAACAUAAACAAAGAUAAGAUUAGUGAGUAAGAAGUGAAACAGAGGAAAAUAGAAAUUAGAAAUCUUUUCAGUAGUAGGAAAGUUUAAGUUGCGUAGAAGUUGAUCAUAAGAUCACAGAAAACAUACACUGAUUGAAUGGACAGAGGACAGUGCAGUGGUGCUCAACCUAUUAUGAAUCGCCCACCAAUCAGUUAGAUGACAAUUUAACACACAACAUAAAACAAGUCGGAAAAUCAGAAACAUUGAGAAGGACUAGAAGGAAGGAAGUGUAUUAGAAGGGACAUCAAA